UGGUGCUCAGUUGACGUCCGUCCACAGCUUUGCCACUGUGCUACGUUUCUGCAAAGUGCGCACGUAGACCAACGGACAUGGCCGUUGACGAACAACUCCCACGUUAUUCACAGAUUGCUGGUGGCAGCUACAAAGUACAUCCGGAAACAAAUCAGGCGGGCGCGUCUCAAGAGAAUGUCAGUGACGACCUGCAAAUAUGGGUGAUAGUAACACCAGAAGAAGGACCAAUGCCUACGACGCCAGGGGGCAGCCAUGACACAGCACAACCGGGUGCAAUCAGUGCAACAAAUCAGCAGCGGAGUGCUGGCCUUCGCAUCGCUGGUGGUACAUAUCCUGACAACAAUAAAUUUUCUUCCAGUGAGACUGCUGGUGGCACCUUGGAUGAACCAUAUAUCGAGCUGCCCUGCCUCGUCCUACUUCCCUCUGACAACAACACUGAAAAUGGGAGCACCGGCGUACAGCUUCCGAAGUCCAGCAACGUCGAAGAGGCAUUCCCGAGUACGAGCGGCGAGGACAUGGUGGUACUGCUGGUAACCGACAUGAAGAUUUCUGAUGGGAAGGGCAAUGGAGACCAGAACACUACGAACUACCAGGACGGCGGCACGGCUGUCCACUACGUCACUCCUCACGAAUCAUUAUCGCACAAUAACGAACCACCAGCUUUGCAUUCAGAGAAGACGCAAACGGCCAAAAAGGAAACCAGUUUGCCGCUUCCAGUGUCCAGUAGCGGCGCCUGCGAUGAUGCGGUUCCCAGCACGAGCCGUGCGGACAAGAACGCCGCUGCAUUGGCGACAAACAACGCGAGCCGAGCAAGAGCGCAGCGAGCGUCAGCGAAUGCUGGAUCGCGCGAGACAGCGUCGACGCCGGGCAAGUUCCGAGGUGAAAGCUCAGCGAGCAGCCGCCGCUCGACAAGAUCGACAAGCCAAGCGACAACAGCCAGUGCCUCUCCAUGUGAACGCCCAGCGACCACCUGCAGAACCCGGCCUCGAAAAAGCGCCGAAGCUUCGGACCAGCGCCAAGGAGCCCUGGCCAAUCACAAGCUCUGCCUGUGCAUCUUCACCACGGAGGAAUUCACCUGGGCGGCCGACCUCAAGACACAUAACAGCCGCGUGCCAGCCGAGGAUGCCGAUUGA